AAUGAUAUCAGGUUUGUCAUUGAAUUUGCCGAAUUUUCCAUCGUCUCAAAAAACAAAUUUAUCAAUUGACGGCGAUAUAAACUUGGGAAUACUUUACGAAACUUACAUCUAUGAUGAAGUUCCCUGUACUGGUAGACUUUAUCAAAAAGGUAUGUUCAUUCCGGAGAUGUUAACUUACCGAUUGAAGAGAUUUAAUGAAAAUAACGAGAUAUUGCCUAAUAUAACACUGGGUUUUAUUUAUCUUGAUACGUGUGGCGGUGUAAAUACUUAUGCAUGGAGAUUUUUGGAAUUAGUGAAGCAUGAUAACGGAAAAUUUAAAUCAAAUGUUGUUGGUAUUAUUGGUCCUUAUUCAUCUGAUCAAGCUAUUUCUCUAGCUGGCCUUACAUCGAUUCUUCAAAUACCAACUCUCGGAAUUUAUUCAACAUCUGUAGAACUUUCUAAUAAAGCUCGAUUCAAAUAUUUUUCUCGGCUUGUUCCAUCCGACGCUUUUGCCACAGAGGCAAUGGUGGAAGUUAUGAAAACUUUUCACUGGACAUAUAUUCAAUUGCUCUACAUGGAGGGAUCUUACGGAGAAAAUGCGGCUAAAAAUAUUCAAAAAUAUACUAAAAAACACGAUAUUUGUAUUGGAUACUCUAAACGUUUCAAUCAUGAUUUUACAGAUAAUUACGAAAAUGUUGUAAAAAGAAUGAUUGAAACAAAAAAGGCUAAAAUAAUUGUUCUAUUUCUCAAUUCAAAAAUCAGAACAAAACUCUUUACGACAAUGAAUGAAAUUUCUCCAAACGAAAGGUUUAUUUUUAUUGCCGCUGAUGCGUACAGUCGAAAUUUUGGUAAUGAACAUUUACAACAUGGAAGUUUGAUGUUUGUUUAUUCUGCUGGCAGAGAUGAACAGUUUGAAAAACAUUUUGAUUCACUUAAACCUUCCGAUACGGCUAACUACUGGACAAAAACUGCAUGGGAAACAUAUGGCAAUUGCCAAUACGAAACAACAUGUCAAAACUAUCAUAAUAUGUCAAUUCUACGACCGAAUUAUGAAGGAAUUAUGUUAAAAAUUGCUGAUGGUAUAGACGUUUAUGCUACAGCAUUAAAUACUUUAAUAACUACUGAAUGCCCCGAGGCGUUUAAGGAUAAAUCUGUUUUAAAGACUUGUAUAACAGGCAACAGACUAUUACGACAUAUCAGAAAGUCUCAGAUAACCGCUCUUAGCGGUGUUCGCUACACAUUCGACGAUAAAGGUGAUAUGAAUGGUUUAUUCGAAAUUAAUCGCUUCACUUGGGAAGACAAUAUCUGGAAUCGAGAAACUGUCGGAACCUACUCUAAACUUACAGAUACUCUUACCAUGUUUAAAGAUUUAAACAUUACUUCUGUUUGUAGCAUUCCUUGCCGAAAGAAACAAAUCAUCGUACAGCAAAAACUUAAAUGCUGUUGGCAAUGUAAAGAAUGUAGAGAAAAUGAAAUUCUAGUUAAUAAUCGAACAGAUUGUCAAAAAUGUCCGCAAUUCUUCUGGCCAGAUUCGGAGGAAGCUUUGGCAUGUUUUCAAAUUGAUGAUGAAUAUGUUAAAUGGGGCGAUUCUCUUGGGCUUCUCCUAUUAGUUUUGUCUAUAAUCGGACUAUUGGGCAACAGUGCUAUUGUUGCAAUAUAUGCUGUUUAUAGAAAUGAAAAAAUAAUUCGAGCAUCCUCCAGUCAUUUCUCUGUAAUAAUUCUAUGUGGAAGCACAAUUGGAUAUAUGACCGUUUUGUUUCUAAUUACAAAGCCAUCAUACGCUACUUGUUUAGUGAAUCGAAUAGGAUUUCAUUUAGGAGCAUCCUUUAUUUACGCUCCACUUUUAAUGAAAACUCAACGAGUGUACAGAAUCUUCACUGCUGGAGGAAAAGGUAAACAACAACCUAAAAUGAUUAGUAACAAAUCGCUUAUGGUUCUGACCACUAUUCUCAUAUUGAUUGAGGCGGUGUUCGUAAUUACAAGUGUCAUUUUAUGGCAACCGUCGUCUGAAAGAAUCCAACGUAUAGAAACUGAACAGAAAGUAGAGCUAACAUGUUCCAAUCCGCCGAUUUCUCUAGCGGUCCCUCUGGGGUUUAACGUAUUGCUAUUGUUAAUAUGUGUAACAUUGGCUUAUCUAGCUAGAAAACUACCAGAAAAUUUUAACGAGUCAUGGUGUGCUAGUGGACAAAUCACAAAAAAGGGAGCUCUUAUACAUGAACUUCCCUUAUCAAUCGAAGGAUAUCAAUAUGAUUUGAGUUAUAAGAAUACCUUAAAUCAAAGUGGUGAUUUAACAAUUGGCAUAAUAUUUCAAACGGAUGUUACUGAAAAAAGAAAUUGCCAUGAAGGCGGUGGUUCCAAACUGGACUUGGUUCCAGAAUUGAUAAGACAUAGAAUAAAAAUUUAUAAUGAAAACGCAAAUAUUCUACCAAAUAUUACGCUUGGUUUCCUUUUCUUAGAUACUUGUGGAAAAAUAAACGACUAUACUUGGAGAUCUCUGGAAUUUAUUAAUGAAACUGAAGGAAGGAGAAAAAGUAAAGUUAUCGGUAUUAUUGGUCCUUAUUCAUCCGAUCAAGCUAUUUCCUUAGCUAGUGUAACAUCCGCAAUUCAUUUACCAACUCUCGGAAUUUAUUCGACAUAUGUAGAGCUAUCAAAUAAAGCACGAUUUGAAUAUUUCUCUCGUCUAGUUCCACCUGACACCUUUGUAACAGAAGGCAUGGUAAAGCUUUUAAAACACUUUGGAUGGACGUAUAUUCAAUUGUUAUAUACUGAAGGUUCAUUCGGUGAAAAUGCCGCAAAAUACAUGGAAAAAUAUACCAAAAAGAAUGGAAUUUGUAUUGGAUAUUCAAAAAGAUUUAGUCAAGAUUAUACAGAUAAUUAUGAUGAAAUUGUUCGAAAUAUAAUUCAUCAUAAAAAGGCAAGAGUUAUCGUUAUCUUUAUUGUACUUCGAAUGAGAUUUCGACUAUACUCUACUCUAAAUAAAUUGGCACCAAAUGAACAAUUCAUAUUUAUAGCAAGUGAUGCUUUUAGUCGAGAGAAUGGCUACGAACACAUCCAACAUGGAACUCUAACAUUUACUUAUCCAGACGGUAAAGAUAUUGAGUUUGAAAAGUACUUUGAAUCAUUAACACCUAAUGAUCCGACAUUAUAUUGGACAAAAAGAUUAUGGGAACAAUUGGGAAAUUGUGACUUUAAUACAACUUGUAGAAAGUAUAACAACAUGUCAAAUAUAAAUCCACUAUUUACGGGUAAUUUUAGGAAAGUAGCCGAUGGAAUUGAUAAUGAUUGCAUUACUGGAGAUAAGGUACUUUAUUACUUAAGAAAAACUCAAAUAACUAGUUUGAGUGGCGUAAAAUACACAUUCGACGAUAAAGGUGAUAUGAAUGGUUUAUUCGAAAUUAAUCGCUUCACUUGGGAAGACAAUAUCUGGAAUCGAGAAACUGUCGGAACCUACUCUAAACUUACAGAUACUCUUACCAUGUUUAAAGAUUUAAACAUUACUUCUGUUUGUAGCAUUCCUUGCCGAAAGAAACAAAUCAUCGUCCAGCAAAAACUUAAAUGCUGUUGGCAAUGUAAAGAAUGUAGGGAAAAUGAAAUUCUAGUUAAUAAUCGAACAGAUUGUCAAAAAUGUCCGCAAUUCUUCUGGCCAGAUUCGGAGGAAGCUUUGGCAUGUUUUCAAAUUGAUGAUGAAUAUGUUAAAUGGGGCGAUUCUCUUGGGCUUCUCCUAUUAGUUUUGUCUAUAAUCGGACUAUUGGGCAACAGUGCUAUUGUUGCAAUAUAUGCUGUUUAUAGAAAUGAAAAAAUAAUUCGAGCAUCCUCCAGUCAUUUCUCUGUAAUAAUUCUAUGUGGAAGCACAAUUGGAUAUAUGACCGUUUUGUUUCUAAUUACAAAGCCAUCAUACGCUACUUGUUUAGUGAAUCGAAUAGGAUUUCAUUUAGGAGCAUCCUUUAUUUACGCUCCACUUUUAAUGAAAACUCAACGAGUGUACAGAAUCUUCACUGCUGGAGGAAAAGAUACCACAUGUGUCUACUCCAAAACCUUAUCAAGUUUAUACGAAACACGAAUUAAAUCAGGAGAAUUAGAUAAUGACGAAUUUCAGAGAUUAAUCAUAAAGGAAGAGUUCGAACCAUUGAGGGAUCGUUUAGAAAAUUAUGUUCCUAAUUCCUUUGAACGGCAGAAAUUAUUUAGAAAGAAAAAAGUUGAAAAACCUAAAGGACUUUAUCUUCACGGUAGCGUUGGUUGUGGCAAAACAAUGCUUAUGGAUUUAUUUUAUGACACAUCUACAAUAGAGAAGAAGAGCCGUCUUCAUUUUCAUGAAUUUAUGGCUAAUGUCCACAAAAAGAUACACGCCUUUAAAGAAACUAUUCCCAGGGAUAAGACAGUUAGAAUACAUGAAAGUUUUGAUCCUAUUCCUCCAGUUGCCCGUAAAAUUGCUGAGGAGUCUUGGCUAUUGUGCUUCGAUGAAUUUCAAGUAACUAACAUAGCCGAUGCUAUGAUUUUAAAAAGACUCUUUACGUUCUUAUGGGAAUAUGGAGUUGUUGUUAUCGCUACAUCAAAUCGCCCACCUGAAGAAUUAUAUGAAAAAGGUUUACAAAGAAGUAACUUUGUACCAUUUAUUCCUUUAUUACAGGAAAAUUGUAUAGUUAGGGAUUUAGACUCAAAAAUUGAUCAUAGGGUUUUGAAAGUGCCAUCUACAAGUCAAAUAUUCUUUGUUACACAUAAAUGUGACUCUGUAAAAGAAAUGGAUAGGAUAUUUGAAGAUUUAACAAAGAAGGAGUCCGGAGUUGAAGGAGAAAGAGUCAUAACAGUUAGGGAAAGACAAGUUAAGUUCGUAAAAACGAAGGGAAAAGUAAUUGACUGCGAUUUUAAGGAGUUGUGCGAUAGACCACUUGGCGCUGAAGACUAUUUAGAGAUAUCUAAAGAAUUCAAUACACUUUUAUUAAGAAAUAUUCCAAUAUUAACGAAAAGAAAUAAAACUGCUGCUAAAAGAUUUAUUAGUCUUAUCGAUACAAUAUAUGACGAAAGGAUGCAACUUGUUUGUUCGGCUGAUGCAACAAUCAAUUAUUUAUUCUCAAUUGGUAAAGAACUAACUGACGAAGAAGAGCACUUUAAAAGGAUUGUCAUAGGAGAUUUGGAUAUUAAAAAAGGUGACCCAAAUGAAGAAUUAGCUCUUUUCUCUGGUCUUGAAGAACAAUUUGCAGUUGAAAGAGUUGUUUCUAGAUUAAUUGAGAUGCAAAGUGAGGAGUACUGGAAGGAUUGCGAAAAGAAAAGAAGCACAAGAGAAAAAUAA